UGCGGGAGCGUGGAGCUGGUACCCCGGUGCUCUGGUGCUGAGGCCGUCGCCUGGGAGGAGGCGGGGGGAGGAGGGAAGCUGUUCCCAUGGCGUGUGGGGAAUGCAACGCUUCAGCACCUGCUCAGGAUCUAGCACGCAGGAACAUCAUCCACUUCCAGCACAGAGAACUGAAGUGCAGAUAGCAGAACCCAGCUGCAGGCCUGUUCAGCAUUAAUGGUGAGGCUGUGCUGUACAUAGUAGGUAGGUGCCCAGCAGGCUGAGGCAGGGAUGAUCGUCUGGCAAAAGGAGUCCAUUGUGGGAUGCAAACUUGGAUCGAGGUGAAUCUGCAGGCACUGAAGAGGUGAAUCAUGAUUCCAGUCACUGAAUUGCGCUACUUUGCUGACACUCAGCCAGCAUACCGCAUCCUGAAGCCAUGGUGGGACGUCUUCACAGACUACAUUUCCAUAGUGAUGCUGAUGAUUGCAGUGUUUGGAGGGACGCUUCAGGUCACCCAGGACAAAAUGAUUUGUUUGCCCUGUAAAUGGGUUACUAAAGACUCUUGCAAUGACUCAGUCAGAGGUUGGACAGCUGCAACCCCAGAGCGUACCUACUAUAAUUCUAGUCUUGUUCCUUCUACUGAUACAGGGCCUACGGGGAUCCGAUAUGAUUUGGACCGGCACCAGUAUAACUAUGUGGAUGCGGUGUGUUAUGAGAACCGUCUUCACUGGUUUGCCAAGUAUUUUCCUUAUCUGGUGCUGCUACAUACUCUCAUCUUCCUGGCUUGUAGCAACUUCUGGUUCAAAUUCCCAAGGACCAGCUCCAAGUUGGAGCAUUUUGUGUCUAUUUUGCUUAAGUGUUUUGACUCUCCAUGGACAACGAGGGCAUUAUCUGAGACAGUGGUGGAAGAGAGUGAUACCAAGCCAGCAUUUGGGAAAAUGAAUGGCUCCAUGGACAAGAAAUCCUCCACAGUCAGUGAGGAUGUGGAAGCCACUGUUCCCAUGCUGCAGAGAACAAAGUCUCGAAUUGAGCAAGGGAUUGUGGACCGGUCUGAGACUGGUGUCUUGGACAAGAAGGAAGGUGAACAGGCCAAAGCACUCUUUGAAAAAGUGAAAAAGUUCCGCACGCAUGUGGAAGAGGGAGAUAUAGUUUAUCGCCUGUAUAUGAGACAGACCAUCAUCAAAGUGAUCAAGUUCAUUCUGAUCAUCUGCUAUACUGUUUACUAUGUCAACAACAUAACGUUUGAUGUUGACUGUAAAGUGGACAUCGAGAGCUUGACUGGCUACAGGAUGUACCGCUGUGCUCAUCCUUUGGCCACUCUCUUCAAAAUCUUGGCGUCUUUCUACAUCAGUUUGGUGAUAUUCUAUGGCUUGAUCUGCAUGUACACACUCUGGUGGAUGCUGAGGCGAUCACUCAAGAAAUACUCUUUUGAGUCCAUCCGGGAGGAGAGCAGUUACAGUGACAUUCCUGAUGUGAAAAAUGACUUUGCUUUUAUGCUCCAUCUGAUCGAUCAGUAUGACCCACUGUACUCCAAGCGCUUUGCUGUCUUUCUGUCGGAGGUGAGCGAGAACAAACUGCGGCAGCUGAACCUCAACAAUGAGUGGACUUUGGAGAAGCUGCGCCAGAGGAUCACCAAGAACUCCCAGGAUAAGCUGGAACUGCAUCUUUUCAUGUUGAGUGGCAUACCUGACACGGUCUUUGACCUCAUUGAGCUGGAGGUCUUGAAGCUGGAGCUUAUCCCCGAUGUCACUAUUCCCCCAAGCAUUGCCCAGCUCACCAGCCUUAAGGAACUGUGGCUCUAUCACACAGCUGCCAAAAUUGAGGCUCCCGCCCUUGCCUUCUUAAGGGAGAAUUUGAAAUCUCUCCACAUCAAGUUCACAGACAUCAAGGAGAUUCCUCUUUGGAUUUAUAGCCUGAAGACCCUAGAGGAGCUUCAUCUGACAGGGAAUUUGAGUGCUGAAAACAACCGGUACAUUGUGAUAGAUGGAUUGAGAGAGCUGAAGAGGCUGAAGGUGUUAAGGUUGAAGAGUAACCUCACCAAGCUGCCACAGGUGGUGACAGAUGUUGGUGUGCAUCUUCAGAAGCUUUCCAUCAACAAUGAGGGCACAAAGCUCAUUGUUCUCAACAGCCUUAAGAAAAUGGUCAACUUGACAGAGCUUGAGCUGAUCCGUUGUGACUUGGAACGCAUUCCUCACUCUAUCUUUAGCCUCCACAAUCUGCAGGAGAUAGACCUGAAGGACAAUAACCUAAAGACCAUUGAGGAAAUCAUCAGCUUCCAGCACUUACAUCGUCUCACUUGCCUUAAAUUGUGGUACAACCACAUUGCCUACAUCCCCAUGCAAAUAGGCAACCUAACCAAUUUAGAACGCCUUUACCUGAAUCGUAACAAGAUAGAAAAGAUCCCUACCCAGCUCUUCUAUUGCCGAAAACUUCGGUACUUGGAUCUUAGCCACAACAACCUGACUUCCAUACCGCCAGACGUUGGACUUCUUCAAAAUCUGCAGAACCUAGCUGUGACAGCCAACAGGAUUGAGAGUCUCCCACCAGAGCUGUUCCAGUGCAGGAAGCUGAGAACCUUGAACCUGGGAAACAAUGUGCUGCAGUCACUUCCAUCCCGAGUUGGAGAGCUGACAAAUCUGUCGCAGAUAGAGCUAAGAGGGAACCGCUUGGAGUGCCUGCCUGUGGAGCUGGGAGAAUGUCCUCUGCUGAAACGCAGUGGGCUUGUGGUAGAGGAGGACCUGUUCAACACAUUGCCCUUGGAAGUCAAAGAGCGGCUGUGGAGGGCAGACAAAGAACAAGCCUGAACCCCUGAAAAAAGGGAAAAGCCUGUGACCAACUAGAAGGAAACAAAAGGCCACUCCAGUCCCCUUUUCCCCAGAUCCUCCCCUUUCUCCCCUCUGACUACCAGACUAGCCAAGGAGUCCCUGAACAAACAUGACUCUGAGGUGGCUUCUUGCCUCAGAUGCAGGAUGGGGGAAGCUUGGGAUCAGGAUGAGGAUUAACACAGAUCAGUUGGGCUCUGAGCAAGGGCCAGUGGGAGUAAGAGAUGUUGCUGUUCUUCUGGACAGGAAGUGGGGUGAGGUGGAUGGUGCUGGUGAGAAGAAAUGACCUUUGGAUGGAGGAGAAAAUGAAAUGUGGGGAUUGCUGCAUUGCUCCAAAUAGGGCUUAUGCGUAUCAGGGACUGAGAGUGUCCAGUGUCCUGCAAGCAAAGAUCAAGAGACUAGGAAACCUCUCGAACCUCCAUCUCUUUCUGUGACACCUGAUACUGUUCCCCUCUGACUUAGAUUCAGUCAGUGAGGUCCCACGGUGGGGUGGGAUAGGAUACAGACAGCUGAUUUUAUCUAGAUGCUGGCAUUAGGAUUUGGGGGAUAAGUUUAUCACAGACAUCAGCUUGAAUGCAGGAUCUUUAUUUUACCAAUUGUCUCUUCCCUUUGCACUCCAUACCUUCUCCUUUGUUCCUGGAGAAGGAACCAAACCCCCCAAACUCUCUCUGCUCAUUUAAGAUUGCACUAUUUCAAGUCACUUGUGCUGAUGAGUAGAUCACAUAGCAUCCUUUUCCAGCUGAUGUGCUGGAGGCACUAACUGACAUAAUUCCAGAGCUUUAACCUGUUCUGAAAUGGAUGGUUAUAGUGCAAAUGGGAGAAAGAUCUGGAUUAAAAAGCAGUCGGACUGUCUAAUCUACUCUCCCAGAAGCAUUGAGUUGCUUCAGGAUCUGGCUUUUAAAGUUUUUAAGCUACUUUUAAAUUCCUGGUAUUUUGUUACGUAUCAAAUAUGAACAUAAAACUGGCCAGUGUGUCGGGGUGUCUCCUGGGGUUGGUGUUAGUAAAGAGGAACACUCAGGUUUCCUCUGCACCUCUUGCCCCCCUCCCCUUCAGUUGUUAGAUGCUUUGCCAGUGUUUUUCAUGAAUGCAGUCUACAGAGCUGCUUGAUUGUUCUUUUCUGUUGUCCUCCUCACUUUAACAGCUGUCAGUUCCUGUUACACCUCUUGACCUAAAUAAGAAGCUAAUGCUGAUUGAACUUGGUGCUGGAAAAGAAACCUGUCCUCCUAUUUCUUCCCCUUUUUCAUUCCCUCAGUGUUAAGGAGCAGUAUGAGAAUCCUCUGUGGACUGAGCUCCUCUAGAUUCCUGGGACAGAGCAGUCUUUAUUGAAACAAGUCUGACCUGUCUGGUAUUGUUUGACAAAAACCAACCUUCUGCACUGGCAGAGGUAGAUAACUUGUAAUAGCUACUGAUAAUCAUGUCCUUAAGGUGUGGUGGUUAAGGUGUGCCUACAAUACACCCUAAGUCUGCUCUUUUCCAUCAGAAGGAAGAGGAGGCUCAAGGACCUGCAGGUCCUGGUUGUAAUACUCUGCAUCAGACCAACAGGUUGGUUCCAAGGUGGAGUGCUGCAAGCUGAGGCAUGAGAAGUUUGGAGGCCUCUCAUGUGUACAAAAGGGGGAAGUUGCAGCCAUCUCCAAAGUGGUUCCUGGCAAGCUGCCAGCAAGUGCCCUGGCUUAGCAAAUUGUGGUGAUCCCUUGGAUGUUGGGGCAAUAAGGCACACUGUGGCUUUCUUCAUCAGAUGUAAGAUAUGAAAUAUAUACACUAAACAUGCUGAAACCAUAAAAAAAAUGUUAACUGGGCUCUGGAUUUGUUGAUAUUCAGAUGCUUAAAUAAAGCUACAUUAAAAUCCAGGAGAUCUGUUUAUAAAACUGCUUUUAAGAAAGACUUUAAAUUCUGCCUCCCUUAGUCCAUUCAUUAUGAAAAGUUUAAACAGUCCAGGGAAUAAUAUAAUUAAAUCUCUUUAUCUGGAAGGCAAGGUACUGCAAAAGCUCUUCUUGUUUCUAACAGGGUUAGCGUCUUGAAAUUGUGUUAGAGUUGGGGCCACUGCUAAAAGGAUGGGGAAGUACUGAUGCUGAUGCUUCUUGGAUUGUACUUGUUCUAUUUGCACAAGCAUUUUUGGAUCAACAGAGAGGCAGAAAUUGCUAG